GCAGCAUUUGUUUUACUGAAAUAAAAUUAUUAUAAAGAUUUUUUAUUUUUAAAAAAUGAACCAAAUUUUCUUUUCUCUUACUUUUUAUUACUUAGAGGUCACUUUUAUACAAUUUUAUAAAUGAGUUCGUCAAAGGAAAUUCAUCUAGUCGUAUUUUCUCAUGGUUUAUGGGGAAAUCCUGGCCAUUUACAAUAUCUUGUUGAACAAUUCGAAGCAAAACAUGGUGAUUAUGUUCAAAUUUUAAACGCAAAGAGCAACUCAUCAAAAUAUACUUAUGAUGGUAUAAACGUAUGUGGGGAUAGACUUGUAGAAGAAAUUCUUGCUGAAGUUAAAUCCCUCCAAGACAAUACCUCAAAUAAAGUCACAAAAUUUAGUAUUAUUGGAUAUUCUCUUGGUGGUUUAAUAUCAAGAUAUACGAUUGGAAUACUUUAUCAACAAGGAUUUUUUAAAAAUAUUGAACCAAUUUUAUUCGCAACAUUUGCAACUCCACAUUUAGGUAUUCGACGUGAAGACAGUAAACUAUUAGCAAAACUUGUUAAUUGGAUAUCAUCAACUUUAUUAUCACAAACUGGAGAACAACUUACAUUUGUGGAUAAAUAUGAAGGAAAUGAACCGAUUUUAUUGACAAUGUCUCGUCCAGAUCAAAUUUUUUUUAAGGCUCUUUCUGAGUUUAAAUAUAGAAAAAUAUAUGCAAACUCCAGAAAUGAUAGGACAGUUCCUUUUUGGACGGCUGCAAUAUCUGAAAUCGAUCCAUUUGAAAAUUUUGAUGAAUUGGAAAUUGUAACGAAUGAGAAAUUUCAAGAUAUAAUAGAAUCAAUAUCAAAACUUGAAAAUAUACCAAAAAUUUCUUUUAAUCAAAAGUUAACAAAUACGAUCAAAGGAGUCUUACGUUAUAUGUUGGUUGUUAUAGCUACUCCUAUCCUUUUACCUUUAUGGAUUAUUCUUGUACUUAGUACUAUAACAUUUCAAGGAAUAAUGUCAAGACGAAGAGUGCGAAAAAUUUUAGCAAUGAAGGUUAAGAAUUCAAAUAAUGGUUUGUCAAAUGAUUUUGGAACUGUUGGAUCUACAAGCUUAGAAGAAGAUGCUGUGGAAACUGCUAUGAAUAUAAAAAAUUUUCUUGCACCAAGUUCGCCUACAACACAAAAAUCACUGUCAAAUUCAAAUCUAUUUGAAGAUGCUUCUGCUUCUACACCGAUGUCUGAAUUUACUACGUCUUCACAAUUUCCUUGUGUUCGUGUCUGUCAAGCUCAAUGUGAAGCAUUUUCAAAUUUAAAUAAAUUAAAGUGGGAGAAAAUUGUCGUGUUUCUUGAUGCAUUUAACGCUCAUGCGGCAAUCGUUAUGAGAAAUAGGCUUCAAACAAAGGGAAAAGAAAUCAUAAAACAUUUUGUAGAAGAAGCGUUUAUUGUUUAAUUAUUUUAGAAUUAGAAAAAUAUUAUUUUUAUAUUAGUUAAUAGAGAAAAUUAAUUAAAUAUUUUUAUUGUCUUGCCCCCUUGUGUCGUUAAUUUUGCUUGGUUGUUCUGUUUGCUUUUUUACAUUAUUAUAGAUGGAUAAGGCCUGAAAAUU